UAACUGCUGAUUGCUGAUGGCAUGGCAGGCAUGUUGUGGGAUCUUUUAUAACUAGACGCCUGAAAGCAUGCUCGAGUGACGUCACAGAAAAUCGCAAUCAUGGUCGUGAUCAGUCGUGAUUGAGUAUAAUCACGACUUGUGAUCACCGUGAAAAAUCAUGGUCAGUGAGUUUGAGAAACUUCUACUACAUGAAUCUGAAUCAUCUCAUUAUCGUUUGAAAUAAGUGAGAUUUGCGUCAAAUCGCGUCGGGAUGGCAAAAAUUAUUGAAGCAGCGUAAGACAACGAAAGAAAAUCGAAAGUAGAAACAUGUUCCCUGCAUACGCGUAUUUGUCAGCUUAUGACAGGCACAAAAAGUUGAUCAAUGAUUAUUUUACAUUGUACGGAGGCACAUCUUUGAGACGGGACACGUCCCGAGACAAGACGGACUAUGACGUUAUUAAAGAGAACCACAGAUUUCUGUGGGAUCAGGACAACGACGAGCCGGAGACGUGGGGUGCCCGUUUGGCAAAAAAGUAUUACGACAAAUUGUUCAAGGAGUAUUGCAUAGCUGACUUGACGUAUUACAAAGAAAAUAAGAUCGCUUUGAGAUGGAGAACUGAGAAAGAAGUUAUCGUGGGCAAAGGGCAGUUUGAAUGCGGGAACAAGAGGUGCAAGGAGAAGGAGGAAGGACUCAAGUCAUGGGAAGUGAACUUUGGCUAUGUGGAACACGGCGAUAAGAAAAAUGCUCUCGUCAAGUUGAGAUUGUGUCCAGAGUGUUCCGUAAAAUUGAAUUAUCGAUCCAAGAAGCGAGAAGUGAAGAGGCAUAAAACGUUAAAAAGAUUAGGAACGAACGUUGAACGAGCCGACAGUAGUAGUACCACGUCCACGGUUCAUAUUAAAAUCGAAGAGGAUCAAGCUGGAGGAAUUAGUGCGGAGAGAUCGGACAAACCACAGAAGGACGAAUCGAAGAUUUGGAAGGAGAAGCCGGUCGAAAGUCUGGAGAAAACGAGGGAACAAGAGUUUGAAGAAUACUUGGCAGAUCUAUUAAUGUAAGACACGAUUUGUUUUAGGGAACGAUGUCGGCACGGAAGAUCUUAUUUAUAGCCGCUAUUAUUAUUUUUAUACAUAGCGACUAGUCAAGUUUAAAUAAAUACACUGAUCAUA